AGUCUCUAUAUAUUUGAAAAAAAACAAUUUUGGAAGAAGCAGCAGAAGCAUAAAGUGUCAAACUUUUUCUACUCCUGAAAAGGAAACCUUCUCGGGAUUUGGUUUCGCUUUCUUGGAGGAAAGGAAAGGGUAAUCAUCAUGAAUCCUAAAAAGCAGACAAUAAACCUCUUUCCACCUGUCUUCUAUGUCCUCCUCCUCCUCCUCCUCCUCCUCUGUUUUCAACUCUCGGAAGCUACCAAAGACUCCUCCAAGGGUCAUCAGAUCAAGCUCCAGAACCACCGUCUCGGCUCCUCCGUCAUCUUCCCCGUCUCCGGCAACGUUUAUCCUCUCGGGUACUAUUAUGUGCUGCUCAACAUAGGAAACCCACCUAAGCUCUUUGACUUGGACAUCGACACCGGCAGUGACCUCACUUGGGUUCAGUGUGAUGCUCCCUGCAACGGUUGCUCCAAGCCUCGUGAUAGCCAGUACAAGCCCAAUCACAACACUCUCCCUUGUUCCCACCUCUUGUGUUCUGGCCUCGACCUUCCCCAGAGCAAACAUUGUGAUGACCCUGACGACCAGUGUGACUAUGAGAUUGGGUACUCUGAUCAUGCCUCCUCCGUUGGUGCUCUCGUCUCCGAUGAGUUCCCUCUCAGACUCGAAAACGGCUCCACCAUGCGUCCCCACUUGACGUUUGGAUGUGGGUAUGAUCAGCAGAACCCUGGUCCACACCCUCCACCUCCAACAGCGGGGAUCCUUGGUCUCGGCAGAGGCAAAGUAAGCAUCUCGUCGCAGCUUAGUUCCUUGGGGGUAACCAAGAAUGUGAUUGUGCAUUGCUUGAGUCAUAACGGUAAAGGCUUUCUCUCUAUCGGAGAUGAGCUUGUUCCUUCCUCUGGUGUUACAUGGACUUCAUUGUCUCUUAAGCCACCUAGUAAAAACUACAAGACUGGACCAGCUGAGCUUCUCUUUAACGACAAGACCACUGGUGUCAAAGGCAUUAACUUCAUUUUCGAUAGUGGAAGCUCCUACACUUACUUCAACGCAGAAGCGUACCAGGCGGUUCUCGAUCUUGUGAGAAAAGACUUGAAGGGGAAGCCUUUGACGGAAACAAAAGAAGAUAAGAGCUUACCGGUGUGUUGGAAAGACAAGAAGCCUUUGAAGUCGGUACAUGAUGUCAAGAAGUACUUCAAGACGAUUACUUUAAGGUUUGGUGGGAGUCAAAAGAACGGUCAGCUGUUUCAGAUUCCACCUGAGUCUUAUCUCAUCAUCACUGAAAAGGGAAACGUGUGUUUGGGGAUUCUAAACGGAACUGAGAUCGGUCUGGAUGACUAUAACAUCAUUGGGGACAUAUCAUUCCAAGGGAUAAUGGUGAUCUACGACAAUGAGAAGCAGAGGAUUGGAUGGAUCCCUUCAGACUGUGACAAGCUUCCCAAUGUGGGUCAGGACAAUGGAGGAGACUUGUCGGAGGAGGAGGCAUAUCCAAGAGGCUUUGGUUUGAUAGGAGAGCUUUUCUCAGGAACUGAUGCUUCCAAGUACAAUAAAGAUGGAGAGCUUUGACACCAGAGAAAAAGAGUUUUUUUUUAAAGUAGUGAAAUAAAUAAAAAAUGUAUGGUUAAUGCUGUUUUCAUAGAAACAAAACAAAGGAUUUUUUUUUGAGUAUAUAUAUAUAUAUAUAUAUAUAUAAUACACUAAUACCCUUGUG